AUGACACUCCAAGAACCUCCGCCAGAGCUAGCACAGCCGUUGGAAUCAACUCAUGGCGCAAGCUCUGGAGCUCCAUCAAUAAGCCAAAGCGUCCAGAGCCGGAAAAGCAUCAAACUGUUUUCUUUGUUCAAGAACAUGACUAAGCAAUCGUCCGAGUCGAUAUCCGAAUCUCUAGCCUCUGAGCAACUCGCCGACGUGCCGAAGAAUAUCUCAAGCUCUCCGAUAUCCAAAACGCUGACUUGGUUCACCAACAAAGAAGAUCAAAGGUCUACGGCCACGGGCACAAGCUGGUUCGGCAAGGCCCCUUGGCACCGUAAAGACUCCAACGACACCAUCAGCAGUGCCACAAGUUCUGUUCGAGACUUUUUGGCAGGAAAAACUCCGCCUGUAACGCCUGAUCCCGAGGGUUUCUUGAGCCGCCAACAAGACUCUACCCUGACGCCGUACCCUGCUGGAGAAGCUACAAGGGUGAGAACUCCGCCAACGCACGAGGACACCGCGGAUGGAAAGUCACGAGGCUUUUUCACAGACAUGAUCUACAAGCGUUAA